UCAUGCAGAGUAAUGGGCUUUGGUUGAAGGUGUGCGUUUAUUUUCUAGGGUCUGUCACCGAAUGGAGUCUGUAAAUUAAGCUUGUCCUGGUAUGCUGAAUUGUGCUGCUUGCUGGAUUAAGCUUGCUUGCAACUGCCAAAGAUGAGGCUUUCAUCUUCAAAUCUUACUAGUGAGGCACAUGAAGAAGAAAAGCAGUGUCUGAACUCAGAAUUAUGGCAUGCAUGUGCUGGACCUCUGGUGUCAUUACCUGCUGUUGGGAGUCGGGUGGUGUAUUUCCCACAGGGCCAUAGCGAGCAGGUAGCUGCAUCAACCAACAAGGAAAUUGAUUCUCAAAUCCCCAACUACCCAAGCUUACCUCCUCAACUGAUCUGCCAGCUGCACAAUGUUACUAUGCAUGCAGAUGUAGAGACUGAUGAAGUUUAUGCUCAGAUGACAUUGCAACCAUUGAGCUCGCAAGAGCAAAAAGAUCCCUAUCUUCUUACAGAAUUGGGAACACCCAGCAAACAACCAACGAAUUACUUCUGUAAGACAUUGACUGCAAGUGACACUAGUACACAUGGUGGAUUUUCUGUUCCCCGUCGAGCAGCAGAAAAGGUUUUCCCUCCCUUGGAUUAUUCACAGCAGCCUCCGGCAGAGGAGUUGAUUGCAAGGGACCUUCAUGGCAAGGAAUGGAAGUUUCGUCACAUUUUUCGUGGUCAGCCAAAGAGGCAUCUUCUUACUACAGGAUGGAGUAUAUUUGUGAGUGCGAAGAGACUAGUUGCAGGAGAUUCUGUUCUCUUUAUCUGGAAUGAGAACAACCAAUUGCUUUUGGGUAUUCGACAUGCCAAUAGACCUCAAACUGUCAUGCCAUCAUCUGUACUGUCUAGCGAUAGCAUGCACAUUGGCCUACUUGCUGCGGCUGCUCAUGCUGCUUCUACAAAUAGCAGAUUUACCGUAUUCUACAACCCAAGAGCAAGCCCGUCUGAAUUUGUAAUUCCGCUAGCUAAGUACAUUAAAGCAGUCUAUCACACUCGUGUUUCUGUGGGUAUGCGUUUCCGGAUGCUUUUUGAAACUGAAGAGUCAAGUGUUCGAAGAUACAUGGGCACAAUUACAGGGAUCAGCGAUCUUGACCCUGUUCGAUGGUCAAACUCACACUGGCGUUCAGUGAAGGUCGGCUGGGAUGAGUCAACAGCUGGAGAGAAGCAACCUAGGGUAUCUUUAUGGGAGAUUGAGCCCCUGACAACCUUUCCUAUGUAUCCAUCUCCUUUUCCUCUUCGUCUUAAGCGACCAUGGCCCAUUGGAUUGCCUUUUUUCCAAGGUGGAAAAGAUGAUGGCAUUGAUCUAAAUUCAUCUCUGAUGUGGCUUAGAGAUGGUGGAAUCCCAGGAAUUCAGUCAAUGAAUUCCAAUAGUAUUGCUGUUACACCCUGGAUGCAGCCAAGCCUUGAUGCAUCAAUGCUUGGUAUGCAACCUGACAUGUACAAGACCGUGGUAGCAGGAGCCCUUCAGGAAAUGCGAACUAUGAAUCCCAUAAAGCAGGUAUCUACUGCAAUGCUUCAAUUCCAGCAACCCAAUAACACAGCUAGCAGAUCCAACCCCAUAUUACCAAGUCAAGUUCUGCAGCAUGUGCAACCUCAAUGUCAGCAGUCCCUUCCAAUCAUUCAAGGAAACCAGGUGCAAAACCAGACUCAGUCUUCAUUUAUUCAACAUCAUUUACAGCAGGGCCACUCAUUUUCUGAGCAACAAGAGCAACCACAAGUUCGACAGUCACAGUGGCAGCAGCAACAGCAACAGCAGCAUCUGCAUCUUCAGACACCGCAAUAUCAACAAAUUCAGCAGCAGAAAAUUUUGUCCAGUUAUCAACAAGUUCCUAAUGUACCAUCAACUCUAUCUCAGCUUGCCUCUAGUUCUCAAUCCCAAUCUACCACAUUGCACAUGAUUUCCCCAUCUUUCCAGCUGAAGGACUUUCCAGAUUCUAAUGGCAACUCUGUUUCAGCAUCUACUGCCUCCCCCCUGAAUAACAUUUUGCAUCAAUUUUCUACAGAAGAAACAUCACAACAUCUUAGUUUACCAAGAUAUGUGCAACCAAUUAAUUCCGGUACCUGGUCGUCUAAGCGAGUUGCAGUUGAAUCAAUGCUUCCAUCAGGAGCUCAAAAUGUACUCUCACAGGUAGAAUUAUUAGGUGCAACACACCCUAAUAUUUCCCUACAGUCUGUUACAUUGCCACCAUUUCCUGGAAGAGAAUGCUCAGUGAACCAAAGUGGUAACAUGGAUACCCAAAACCAACACUUGUUUAGUGUCAGUGAAAACUCCUCACUUCUAGUGCAAAAUGGCAUUCCAAAUCUCAGCGCUGCUGUCAGUGAGAAUGAUUCAAUGAACAUGACAUAUGCUGCAUCCAGAUUUCUGAGUUCCUCUGGAAACGACUUCACUAUUAAUCAAGCAUUGAGUGGUUCUAAUGGCAUGGAUGAAUCAGGAUCAGGAUUUUUGCGGUAUCCUGAGAAUGUUGAUCAAGUGAACCCACAGAGUGGAACAUUUGUUAAGGUUUAUAGAUCAGGAUCAUUCGGGAGGUCACUGGACAUCAGCAGGUUUAGCAGCUAUCAUGAGCUGCGCAGUGAGCUUGGGCAUCUGUUUGGCCUGGAAGGCCAAUUGGAGGACCCUCAGAGAUCAGGCUGGCAGCUUGUAUUUGUCGAUCGUGAGAAUGAUGUUCUUCUUGUUGGAGAUGAUCCUUGGCAGGAGUUUGUAAACAAUGUAUCAUGCAUAAAGAUUCUUUCCCCACAAGAGGUGCAACAGAUGGGCCAACAAGGUGUAGAUUUCGCAAGUUUGCCCCCCAUCGAAAAGCUUCAAAGUAACGGUUCAAUCACUAUGUUGGCCGGCAGGUCUCGAGAAAUCUUAGCACCAGAAUCACAUCUAUUGCGUCAUUCAAGUACCGACUUCUGAAUUCCCCGUUAAUCCAUAUUUUGCUGCACCUAAGAGCUAGAUUUAAGCACUGAGCAGGUCUGAUUGAUCUGUCUACAUUUAAUACCUGCAACGCAUGGUAUGCACUCAUAACCUUGCUAAGACGGAUUAUGUGAAUGUAGGCUAUUUCAUUAUUUUACUUCAUGAUAUGGUAAUACUGAGAAAGCAUUCUAAUUUCUUCUA